AACGCGAAUCCGAAAGCAACGGUUCUUCUUGUCAGUAUCGUACGUUGUUUUGGCUACGGUUAAUACGGUGCGCGCCCACUCACACCCCCGUAAACCGGUCCAGUCGGUGGUGGUUCAGCCACAUCGCGUGCGUGUGUGUAUCUCGGUGUGCGGCAGAUUCUUCUUCUGCGCAAAAAUAGUGAAUAAUAGAAUGCAAAAGCGGUUAAUCGACCACCAAUACGCCAAUUAGUUAACAACAAAAUAAAAGCAGAGCAAAGCGAGUGCAGCAGCAGCGUCUCUGCUGUCUGUUUUUGUGUGCGUGUGCGUGUGUGUGCGAGUCAGAUCUUGGACAGAGUCGUCACCCCCGUGGAUUAGUGGCACCCUGUUACCAAUUUCGCUGCACCACUCUCACUGUGUAGUGUCAGUGUGUGAGUGUGAAUAAAGAAUAAAUUAAACAACAACCAAUUCAACAAUAAACGAUCAAUUCCAUAUCGAAUCAAAUCGAUACGCGUCCAUCACAGAGAGCAGGAGAACACCCGCUGAGCGGAAAUAUGGCCUAUACUAUGGAUAUGGCCAACGAACGCCACAAAUGGCUAAUGCUGUACGCAGCUGUUGCCCUAUUGGCUUUUGCCAGUCAAACUCUGGCUGCCAAUCCACCAGAUGCCGACCAGAAGGGACCCGUUUUCCUCAAAGAGCCCACCAAUCGCAUUGACUUUUCGAACUCCACCGGCGCCGAGAUCGAGUGCAAGGCCAGCGGCAAUCCCAUGCCCGAGAUUAUCUGGAUACGCAGCGAUGGCACAGCCGUGGGCGAUGUGCCCGGCCUGCGACAGAUCUCAUCCGACGGCAAGCUGGUCUUUCCGCCCUUCCGCGCCGAGGACUACCGCCAGGAGGUGCACGCUCAGGUCUACGCUUGUUUGGCCCGCAACCAGUUUGGAUCCAUCAUAUCACGGGAUGUGCAUGUGCGAGCCGUUGUGCAACAGUUUUACGAGUCAGAGGUCAACAACGAGUAUGUCAUAAGGGGCAACGCGGCGGUGUUGAAAUGUUCCAUACCAUCAUUUGUGGCGGACUUUGUCCAGGUCGUAUCCUGGCAGGACGAAGAGGGCAAGCUAUAUGGCACACUCGGCGAGCAACAGGGAGCUGCUGAUGGCAAGUAUCUGGUACUGCCCUCUGGAGAACUGCAUAUCCGCGAAGUGGGACCCGAGGAUGGCUACAAGAGCUACCAGUGCCGCACCAAGCAUCGUCUGACCGGAGAGACACGUCUGAGCGCCACCAAGGGUCGUCUCGUCAUCACAGAGCCCGUGGGCAGCGUCAGUCCCCAGUUGAGCGGCAAUGGGAAUCAGGAGCACAUCACACUCCUGCGGGCGCCCAUGAAGGGCAGCGUCACACUCAUGUGUCCAGCUCAGGCCUAUCCAGUGCCGUUUUUUAGGUGGUACAAGUUCAUCGAGGGCACCACCCGCAAGCAGGCUGUGGUGCUGAAUGAUCGCGUGAAGCAGGUCUCUGGCACACUCAUCAUCAAGGACGCCGUCGUCGAGGAUUCGGGCAAAUAUUUGUGCGUCGUCAACAACUCGGUGGGCGGCGAGAGCGUCGAGACGGUGCUCACAGUCACCGCUCCACUCUCCGCGAAGAUCGAUCCACCCACACAGACCGUGGACUUUGGCCGUCCGGCGGUGUUCACCUGCCAGUACACAGGGAAUCCCAUCAAGACCGUCAGCUGGAUGAAGGAUGGCAAGGCCAUGGGCCACAGCGAGCCCGUGCUGCGCAUUGAGUCGGUCAAGAAGGAGGACAAGGGCAUGUACCAGUGCUUUGUGCGCAACGAUCAGGAGUCGGCGGAGGCCAGUGCCGAGCUGAAGCUGGGCGGCCGCUUCGAUCCACCCGUCAUACGGCAGGCAUUCCAGGAGGAGACCAUGGAGCCCGGGCCCAGUGUGUUCCUCAAGUGUGUGGCUGGCGGCAAUCCCACGCCCGAAAUCUCCUGGGAGCUGGAUGGCAAGAAGAUCGCCAACAACGAUCGCUACCAAGUCGGGCAGUACGUGACGGUCAACGGGGACGUUGUCUCGUACCUGAACAUCACCUCGGUGCACGCCAACGACGGAGGCCUGUACAAGUGCAUUGCCAAGAGCAAAGUGGGCGAGGCGGAGCACUCGGCCAAGCUGAAUGUCUACGGUCUGCCCUACAUACGCCAGAUGGAGAAGAAGGCCAUUGUGGCCGGAGAGACGCUGAUUGUGACCUGUCCCGUGGCUGGUUAUCCCAUCGAUUCGAUUGUGUGGGAGCGAGACAAUCGCGCUCUGCCCAUCAAUCGCAAGCAAAAAGUCUUCCCCAACGGCACUCUGAUCAUUGAGAAUGUUGAACGCAACUCGGACCAGGCCACCUACACGUGCGUGGCCAAGAAUCAGGAGGGUUACUCCGCACGCGGCUCCCUGGAGGUGCAAGUCAUGGCUCUGCCCCAAAUUGUGCCUUUUGCCUUUGAGGAUGUCAUCAACACGGGCGACUCCAUCGAUUUGUUUUGCCAAAUCCAGAAGGGCGAUCGCCCCAUCAAGGUUAGCUGGAGCUUCGAGCGCAGUCCCAGUCCCAGCGAUGGCAGCUACGAGGGGCAGCUGCCGCAGAUGCGCACCAAUCGCAUCAGCAGCAAGACGAGCAUGUUGUCCAUACCCAGCGCCAGUCCGGCGCACACGGGCAGGUACACCUGCCUGGCCAGCAAUGCGGCUGGCACCACCUCCUACGGCGUUGAUCUCACAGUGAAUGUGCCACCAAGAUGGAUUCUCGAGCCCACCGACAAGGCCUUCGCCCAGGGUUCCGAUGCCAAAGUUGAAUGCAAAGCCGAUGGAUUCCCCAAGCCACAAGUGACAUGGAAGAAAGCAGUUGGCGACACUCCCGGCGAGUACAAGGACCUAAAGAAGAGCGACAACAUUCGCGUCGAAGAGGGCACUCUGCAUGUGGACAACAUCCAAAAGACCAACGAGGGCUACUAUCUGUGUGAGGCCAUCAAUGGCAUUGGCUCCGGACUCUCUGCCGUAAUCAUGAUCAGCGUUCAGGCCCCACCCGAGUUCACCGAGAAGCUGCGCAACCAGACCGCUCGACGUGGCGAACCCGCCGUGCUGCAGUGCGAGGCGAAGGGCGAGAAGCCAAUUGGCAUUUUAUGGAACAUGAACAACAUGCGUCUGGACCCCAAGAACGACAACCGCUAUACAAUUCGCGAGGAGAUCCUCUCCACCGGCGUCAUGUCUAGUCUCUCCAUCAAGCGCACCGAACGCUCCGACUCUGCCUUGUUCACCUGUGUGGCCACCAAUGCCUUUGGCUCCGACGAUGCCAGCAUCAAUAUGAUUGUCCAGGAGGUGCCCGAGAUGCCAUACGCCCUGAAGGUGCUCGACAAGUCCGGCCGUUCCGUGCAGCUGAGCUGGGCCCAACCCUACGAUGGCAACUCUCCCCUGAACCGCUACAUCAUUGAGUUUAAGCGCUCUCGAGCCUCCUGGAGCGAGAUUGAUCGCGUCAUGGUGCCCGGCCACACAACCGAAGCUCAGGUACAGAAACUCAGCCCCGCCACCACCUACAACAUUCGCAUCGUGGCCGAGAAUGUAAUUGGCACGUCGCAGUCUUCGGAAGCUGUCACCAUCAUCACCGCAGAAGAAGCGCCCUCUGGCAAGCCGCAAAACAUCAAAGUUGAGCCCGUGAAUCAGACAACAAUGCGCGUCACCUGGAAGCCACCGCCACGCACCGAAUGGAACGGCGAGAUCCUUGGCUACUACGUCGGCUACAAGCUAUCCAACACCAACUCCUCGUACGUCUUUGAGACCAUCAACUUUAUCACCGAAGAAGGCAAGGAGCACAACCUGGAGCUGCAGAAUCUGCGCGUGUACACUCAAUACUCGGUGGUCAUUCAGGCAUUCAACAAGAUUGGAGCGGGACCUUUAAGCGAAGAAGAGAAACAAUUCACAGCCGAAGGCACACCCAGCCAGCCACCCAGCGACACAUCCUGCACCACCCUGACCUCCCAGACCAUACGCGUUAGCUGGGUGAGUCCCCCACUCGAGUCGGCCAAUGGUGUGAUCAAGACCUACAAAGUUGUGUAUGCCCCCAGUGAUGAGUGGUAUGAUGAAACCAAGCGACACUACAAGAAGACUGCCUCCUCCGACACCGUGCUGCAUGGCCUGAAGAAGUACACCAACUACACGAUGCAGGUGCUGGCCACCACAGCUGGCGGCGAUGGCGUACGCAGCGCACCCAUCCACUGCCAAACCGAACCUGAUGUUCCCGAAGCACCCACCGAUGUCAAAGCUCUGGUCAUGGGCAAUGCUGCCAUUCUCGUAUCGUGGCGUCAACCCGCACAGCCCAAUGGCAUCAUCACGCAGUACACCGUCUACUCCAAGGCUGAGGGCGCAGAGACUGAGACCAAGACACAGAAGGUGCCACACUAUCAAAUGAGCUUCGAGGCCAGCGAGCUGGAGAAGAACAAACCGUACGAGUUCUGGGUCACGGCCAGCACAACCAUUGGCGAGGGUCAGCAGUCCAAGAGCAUUGUGGCCAUGCCCAGCGAUCAGGUGCCCGCCAAGAUUGCCUCCUUCGAUGACACGUUCACUGCCACCUUCAAGGAAGAUGCCAAAAUGCCCUGCCUGGCUGUUGGCGCACCCCAACCCGAAAUCACCUGGAAGAUCAAGGGCGUCGAUUUCAGUGCCAACGAUCGCAUGCGCCUCCUGCCCGACGGCUCGCUGCUGAUUAAGUCUGUGAAUCGACAGGAUGCCGGCGAUUACUCCUGCCAUGCCGAGAACUCCAUUGCCAAGGAUUCGAUUACACACAAACUGAUUGUUCUGGCACCGCCUCAAUCGCCACAUGUCACGCUCUCAGCCACCACCACCGAUGCGCUGACCGUCAAGCUAAAGCCCCAUGAAGGCGACACUGCACCGCUGCAUGGCUACACUUUGCACUACAAGCCAGAGUUCGGCGAAUGGGAAACUGCUGAGGUGUCUGUGGACUCGCAGAAGCAAAACAUUGAGAAUCUGCUCUGCGGCUCGCGCUAUCAGGUUUAUGCCACAGGAUUCAACAACAUUGGUGCCGGCGAAGCUUCCGAUAUAUUGAACACCCGCACCAAGGGCCAGAAGCCCAAGCUGCCCGAGAAGCCACGCUUCAUUGAGGUCUCCUCCAACUCCGUUUCGCUGCACUUCAAGGCCUGGAAAGAUGGCGGCUGCCCCAUGUCCCACUUUGUGGUUGAGAGCAAGAAACGCGAUCAAAUCGAAUGGAAUCAAAUCUCGAACAACGUGAAGCCCGACAACAACUAUGUGGUGCUCGAUCUGGAGCCUGCCACCUGGUACAAUCUCCGCAUUACGGCCCACAAUUCCGCAGGAUUCACCGUUGCCGAAUAUGACUUUGCUACACUGACCGUAACCGGAGGCACCAUUGCCCCACUGGACGAUGGCUUGGGCCAUGGCAAUGUGCACACACGCAUUCGCCUGCCCGCCUGGAUGCCCGAGUGGCUCGAUCUCAACUUUAUGGUGCCACUGAUAGCCACCGUUGUGGUGGUUGCUGUGGGCAUUUGUGUGGUGUGCGUGGCGCUGUCCCGCAGACGAGCGGAUGAUCUACGCGGCGGCCAGAAGGAUGUCUACUACGAUGUAGUUUACAAUCAGACAAUGGGACCCGGCGCCACCCUGGACAAGCGCCGUCCGGAUCUGCGCGACGAGCUCGGCUACAUUGCGCCACCCAACAGGAAGCUGCCCCCAGUGCCCGGCUCCAACUACAACACCUGUGACCGGAUUAAGCGAGGUACAGUCAUAAGCCGCGGUGGUGGCCUGCGCUCGAACCACUCCACGUGGGAUCCACGUCGACCCAAUCUGUACGAGGAGCUGAAGGCACCGCCAGUGCCGCUGCACGGCAAUCAAUAUGGUCAUGCCCAUGGCAAUGGUCCCGCUGAGUGCCAUUACAGGCAUCCAGGCAUGGAAGAUGAAAUCUGCCCCUAUGCCACCUUCCAUCUGCUUGGAUUCCGCGAGGAAAUGGAUCCCACCAAGGCCAUGAACUUCCAGACGUUCCCACACCAGAACGGACACACUGGACCCGUGCCCGGCCAUGCCGGCACCAUGCUGCCACCCGGACACCCAGGACAUGUGCACUCACGCUCGGGCUCCCAGUCGAUGCCACGGGCCAAUCGCUACCAACGCAAGAACAGCCAGGGAGGACAGUCAUCAAUCUACACACCAGCACCCGAAUACGAUGAUCCAGCCAACUGUGCCGAGGAGGAUCAAUAUCGCCGCUAUACUCGCGUCAACUCUCAAGGCGGCAGCUUGUACUCUGGACCCGGACCCGAAUACGAUGAUCCAGCCAACUGUGCACCCGAGGAGGAUCAAUAUGGCUCACAGUAUGGCGGCCCCUAUGGACAGCCCUACGAUCAUUAUGGCUCCCGUGGCUCCAUGGGACGCCGCAGCGUUGGCUCUGCUCGCAAUCCUGGCAAUGGUUCGCCCGAACCCCCACCACCGCCACCACGCAACCAUGACAUGAGCAACUCCUCAUUCAACGACUCCAAGGAGAGCAACGAGAUCUCAGAGGCUGAAUGCGAUCGCGAUCAUGGACCACGCGGCAACUAUGGCGAAGACUCCAAUGAGGCUGUGAAGCGAUCACCCCAACCGAAAGAUCAGCGCACCACCGAAGAGAUGCGUAAACUGAUUGAAAGUCGUCGACUGUUAAACGAAGCCGGCCCAAAACAACUCCAACUCCAACAACAAGCAAAUGGCGCAGGAUUCACAGCCUACGAUACUAUGGCAGUGUAAUUUGUAAGCAACAAAAGCCAGCAGCAGUGUGGGCGUGGCAUUGUUGCUUAGUGGUUUUAGGUGCAUGAAGUGCGUGGGAGUUGAAUGACACACUCGGACACACAACAGACACACACACACAUCAUCCGUACACAACUUGUGAAAGAAUUGGGAGAGAAAAGUGAAUUAUAUAACGCAUAUAUGCACGCAUAAAAAAUUACUCAACUACUCGUACUCGAAUAUUCAAGUAUUUAUAACGUAAAGAAAGUAAACUUCAAAAGCAUAUUUAUAGUGUCUAUGCCGUAAACCGUAAACCGUAAACCGUACAUAAAAGAUACAUACAUAAAGAUAUACAUCAUAUAUACAUGAAUAACUACUCUAAGUGUGUGCCGUAAAGGAAGGUAUCUACCAAUUACAUAAACGAGAAAGAAGCGAGGAAACGAUAAAGAAACAAAAAACAAACUUACAUAUUCGCAUCUGAAUAUUUGAAGUUAAUUUUAAAUAUAUUGUAUUUUAGUUAAGUAAGCGAGACCUACCAAAAUAUCAGCAGAAAACCACUAAGCGCGAUAACGAUAACGAGGAGCUGCAUUUCGGACUUUUGUUUUUAAUGUAAACGCAAACGCAAAAACUCCUCUGCCAUCUAUGCCAAGAGCAGACAAACUCAUCCUUUGCCUAGCCUAAGUCAGAGUCAUAAUAUUAACUCACCUAAUUGAUAUAUUAUAUAAAUAAUACUUAGUCAUAUACGGAUUGUAUCAUUUCUCCUAUACGUAUUGCACACAUUUGCAAAUUUUGUUUUUAAUUUUUUUUGUAAUGCGUUUUGCGUUGACGAUUGUGAUGAUUUUUAAUUUGUAGCAUUGUGUCAGUCAGUAAUUGUAUUCGUGUGUAUUCGUUUUGCUUUUAACUCUUAUUUAUAACAUAGUUUUAUUCUGAUUUUAGAAUGCGCUUCCAAUAGAACAAAACGAAAGAACUGUUCAAUGCACAAAUUGCAGCCACGACAGAUUUUUAAUUGUAUAAUACAAGAUCCCCAAAGGACACCCACACAGACUCACAGGACCCACUCUCGCACGUUUGAUUUAGACCAAGUUUCUGCACCUCGGUUAUACGCAUUUGAAGCUUUAAAGAGAACUUGAAAUUGUUUAUGCCCCGCCAUUUCAAUUUCAUUUUCAGUCGCUCUACUUUAAGUUUUCUAGCCUGUAAGAUUUUAAAUAUAUGAUUUUAUUAUACAUUUUA